GCCUCUAGGGUUCCAUUCAACGCAGGGACUCGAAACUCUCAUUCUGGUUAGCGUUUCGUUCUUCUCUUUAAAUCUCCUAAAAACGUUUCUUUUAAUUUUUGUUUUCUUUUAAAGUUAAAACGGGAGCUACAUGUACCAAGGGAAGGGUGUGAAUGAACAGUACCCUUGAUCUUGACCUGCCAAAGCGGCUGUAGCUAAAUCGAAUCAAACAUGGCUGAGAAGCUAACUGGCCGGUUGUCGUGAUCGGUUUCUUUAUCGAAAUCUCCGUCGACUAAUCUGCUUACCGAGCUUCUUACAUUUUCCCUUUUUUUUCUAUUAAUCUCUAUAGUUGAGAAGGUGAGAAGGGGAGAGAAGAGUGGAAUGGCAUAGGAUUUAGCCUUUUUCGUGAGGCCCUUCUCUUACAGCAAAAAAUCGGUCACCUUCCAGGCAAUCUGCGUUUGCUUCUCUGCAGUUUUGCGUCGAUCGGUGACUAUAUCCAUUUUUUCUUCCUUUCUUUUCUUCAAAACAAGAUUUGUAAAUUAAUUUGACAAAAGAAAGAGGAGAAUUUGAUUUUUUUUGAAAAAUUUAAUUAAAGUUAUCAAAAUCAUUUGUGAUGGUUUAAUCACAUGAAUAAAUCAAUGAGUAGAUCAUCUUAUAUUGAAAAAAAAAACAUGUAUAAUCGAAUGUUACGAGGUUUGUUGGACGAUCUAUUGAGCUAAAAGAUAUUAUAAAAAUUAAAAAAGCUAUUAUUUAUAAUCGGAUCGGAUUCGGAUAACAAAUACUUCAAAUAUUAUCUCACCAAAAAUUCAAAUUCUAAGGAUUGUGGACGUGAAUUUGCCAAGUGUUACAAGCUUUGGAUGACCAAUGGAAAACCCAGAUUUUUGCCUCCAAAAUUGGAUUUAGAAUGAGCAAGUUCAAUGAACCAAAGAUUAUGUCUUGGUACGAUGAUUUCUGAUUGAAACGAUUUUCAUGAGGAAGGUUAACUAAUCCAUAAUUGUUGUUAACUCAGUCUCAUGCUUCCUUAACAUUAGCUUGUGCACCUAAGCAUUUGAACCAAGUCAAAGCUAAUUGGGAUUCGAAUGACUGCUAUUCCAGCUUGGUACAUUGAGAGGAAGAAAGCUUAUCUUGCUGUCAAUGGAGAAAAGCUUCCAACUUGCAGCAAUGAACCUGAUCCUUGUCCAUCAACAAGAACAGAAUGCCCUUGUUUUUAAUCUAUAUUAGAGGAAAGCCCAUGUCAAGAUUUUGGCCUAGUUUCAAUGGUAAUGGGCUUGCCUAGUUUCAAAGGCAUCAACCCAAAAAAGCAACAAGAAUAAAAAAAUCAAAAAGGGUAUGUCUCUCUUUCUUUGCCUCGAAUGCUUCAAAGUCUAAAACAGAUUCCCAGUCAUCCCUAGUUUCGUUAUUCUUUUAAAGGGAUAUGGUUUUGAAGGGUUUAUGAGCUCUGCAAUAUUCUGAGGCAGGAGAUCAAUUGAGUGUAUUCCCCAUUGUAUGCAUUUAUAGCAGAGAAUGGCAGAUGGAAUAUCAAGCUUUUGGGGUCCUGUCACAUCUACUACCGAGUGUUCCGAGAAGAAUUAUGCCUACUCCUCUUACAUCGCAGAAUUUUACAAUACCAUAUCAAAUAUCCCAACCAUUUUUUUAGCACUCAUUGGCCUUGUAAAUGCUGUAAGACAAAGGUUUGAGAAAAGGUUCAGCAUUCUUCAUGUAUCUAAUAUGAUACUAGCUAUUGGAAGCAUGUUAUACCAUGCCACCUUGCAAAGUGUGCAACAACAGAGUGAUGAAACUCCUAUGGUGUGGGAGAUGCUUCUAUAUAUGUACAUCCUUUACUCUCCAGAUUGGCACUAUCGCAGCACAAUGCCCACUUUCCUUUUUCUCUAUGGUGCUGUUUUUGCUGUUGUUCAUUCCGUUGUUCACUUUGGCAUUGGCUUCAAGGUGCAUUAUGUGAUUCUCUGCCUUCUCUGUAUCCCUCGAAUGUACAAGUACUACAUUCACACCCAAGAUGCCUCUGCUAAGCGGCUUGCGAAGUUGUAUACAGCAACUCUUUCCCUUGGUAGUUUGUGCUGGUUCUGCAAUCGUGUAUUUUGCAAACAGAUAUCAAGAUGGCCAAUCGAUCCUCAGGGUCAUGCCCUAUGGCAUGUCUUCAUGGGUUUCAAUUGCUACUUUGCAAACACGUUUUUAAUGUUCUGUCGUGCUCAGCAACGGGGAUGGUCCCCAAAAGUUGUCUAUUUUAUGGGCAUUCUCCCCUAUGUGAAGAUUGAGAAACCAAAAACUCAAUGACAAAUUGAGGAGGAAAUUCUGCAGUAUAGUAUUCCUUUCCCAGCAGUUGGAGGUAGGCAAGUAAAGCAGUGAAAAGGUCAGUCUAAAUUUUUUGUUCAUCUGAAUGGAUCCAAAGGAUGAUUAAUGAUCCAAGUUUUUGGUGAGGAUUUUGUUGAAAUUUACUUUGUGCAAGUAGAAGAUGUACCAUACUUAAAUCCUUUUGUUAGAUGUGUCUUAAUAGUUAGGUUUGUUUUUGUGGAAUGUGCAAUGCUGAGGAUUAAUUUGCCUUCGGACGCAAGGCAAAUUAUGAAUUUUGGUUCUAUUAAAUUCUUCUUGAAUUUGGUUAUUAAUCAAGCUUAAGUCUCCUCUUUAGCAUG